AUGGGCUUGAACAUUUUUCAGAAAAAACCAACUGAGGCUAAUGAUAAUAAUUUGGCAAGUUAUAAUAUUUCAAGUCCUAAAUUAUUAAAUUAUAACUAUGACGAAAUAGAACAGACUCCCCCAACAACAAGUCGACCAUUAUUACCUACUUCAGAUAGUUAUCAUGUUCAAUUCAAAGUAAAUAAUGGUAAAUCUCAAUCACAACAAGAAUCAACAAAACUUAUCGAUCCAACUAGAUCUAGGACUUAUAAAUCUCAAAGAAUAAAUCUACCUAAUAGUUCAAAUGGUUCAAAUAGUCCAAAUUCAAUAUUAACCCCUCCACAAACAUCUACUUCAAAUUUUACAGAACCUGUCAAUAAUCGAACUUCUGCUACUAAAAGGAAUAGAUCACCAAAUACUCCAAAUUCUUCAAAAAUGUCAAAUGCAUCUCAUAUGAAUAAAUCAUCCGAUUCAUUAAAUCAAAUAAGAGCAAGGAGAAUGAAUGCUUCAAAAAAGCCCAAACAAAGAACAGUAAAUAAUUCAAGAAAUGGAAAGGGUAGGCCAAUUCGAAGAAGAAAUAGUAUGGCUUCUUCAAAGGAUUCUUUGAUAUUGAUGAAAAAGUUAACCAAUGAAUCAAAUACCCGAACCAAAGGUUCUAAACCUAUUAUUAAUGACAGAAGCUUGCAGAGUGAUAUACUGUCUAAACCAAUAGCUAAAUCAAAACCAUCAAAUAAUGGCAAUCGUAAACACAAACGUGAUAGGACGUCUGAUCCAAAAUUCAAAACUCCAUAUCCAAUAAAUGAUGAAAUUAUAAGUAUUAUCAUAACGGACGAAGUAGACGAGGAAGGGGCAAACGUUGAAGAUUAUGAAGAAAUAGAAGAUGAAGAAUUUCCAGUGGGAUUCGAGCCAGUUAUUGCAAGAAAAAGCCAAAGUCCACAAUUAGUCAAAAUUGAAACAUCACAUGCAUCGAAUAACAAUCAGCAAUCCGCAACUCCUACGGUUGGUGCAUCUGAAAAUGUAAAUAAUGCAAGACUAUUAUCGCGUCAAAAUACUUUGAGACAAUUAACCAGUUCUUCCCAGCCCCACGAAGGUCCUUCAUCAUCGUCCCCACAAUUAAAUUCAGGAUUAUACAAUAGACGCCAAGACACAACCACUACAAGCAUUUAUUCUUCCAGUACUGAUGAGCCUCAAAUUGAUCGAGAACAAGCAGUUGCGUGUAUUUUAGAGAGAACUGGAAGUACGGCUCAGAAUGGUAGAAGAGGAAGAAGAAAUCCUGAGUCGAAACGCAAUCCUAGGUUGAGAAACCAAGUAUCAACCAGCUCAAAUAUGAAUAUGUCCAGAGGUGGAACAAUUGAUGAAAAUUUGGAAAGCCAUGAACCUCAAACAGAAAGCAUACGAAGAUCAAGUAUCACUUCAACUACGCCCACAUUCCAUACUACUUUCUCAAGUAUUCCAGAAUCAUCCACCUCAUCAACUGCUUUAACAUCUACAACAAUCUCCCAUACAAUAAGAAUGCAACAAACAAGAUCAGCAAUAAUAGAAAGACUCAAUAGAAGAAUUGAUCCAACUCUGUAUUCAUCAACAGAAAUAACAUCAACCAUAAGAGAAGAAGAUCAACCACCUCCAUUAGAUGAAUAUGCUUAUUCACAUCAACAAUUUGAAAAUUCACCACCAUAUAGAGAAAAAUUACAUAAAAGAAUAGAUCUUUUAUCAUUUGAUCCAAGAUAUCAUGUCCCCGUAUUAAGAAUUAAUAAAAAAUUAAUUAAAAAUUCCCAAAAUUUGAAAAAAACUAUUCGAAAAUUAAUAAAAUUACAUUGUAUACCCACUGAAAUUAAUAUUUGGGAAAUUACAAAAAUUGAUGAUUUAAAAUUUUAUCAAAUUUUACCUUCUUUAAUUAUGGAAGUUAAUGAACAAGAUAAUGCUAUUGAACAAAUAAGAAUUCAAGAAGAAAGAGAAGCUCAACAAAGAGAAUAUGAAGCUGAACUACAAAGAGCAAUUGCUAUUUCAAUGGAAGAACAAAGUCAAAGACAAUUAUUUAAAGGAUUUAGGUAUAAAAGUUCCAAUAAUGAAGAACCACAAGAAGUAAGAGAAAGUUCGAAUGAGAUAGAUAAUGUUAAUAGACAUGAUCUUCCUCCUCAAGAAGAUGAAUUUAUAAAUGUUGAUGAAGCUGUAAGUGUAUGGCAAAGACAGCAAAGACAAAAUCGUCAUCAACAAGAAGUUUCGAGUCAACAACAACAACAACAACAACAACAACAACAAAAUCAAUUAAGAGUACCUGGAUCAUUUAACUAUUUAUUACCUGCUCAUGCUAAUUCUUCUGCUUCUUCAUAUAUGACAGCUUAUUGA